UCAAAUCGGGUAGACCGCUUUCGUGUAAAACACAACUACCGAUGUAAAGAUCCAAGCAAGCAUCUCAGUUUUCUUUUCUAGAUAUGAAUGGUCGGAUUGGGGUUUUCUUUUCCAUUAAACUGUCGUGAAGCCUGGCGGUGCUGAACCCUCAAGAGCAAAAGAAAUGGAGAAACAAGCGGAAAACUCCAGCAGGUUGGUGCUUGUCUUAUAUCCAUUUCAAGGCCAUAUAAAUCCCAUGCUCCAGCUAGCCACUAUAUUUCAUGCAAAAGGCUACUCAAUCACCAUAAUUCACCCUGAAUUCAACUCUCCAAACCCUUCAAACCAUCCUCAAUUCACCUUCAUAUCCGUCCCAGAUAAGCUGCUUGAGUCCAAAGUGUCCCUCUCACCCGGGGAUUUUAUGAAUUUGGUUUUGGCUCUCAACAAGAACUGUGCAGCACCGUUUAAGAAAUGCUUGAAACAAAUGUUGGAUGACGAGCAUCCCUGUGAACGUAUUGCUGGUGUAAUAUAUGAUGGUCUCAUGUACUUCGCUCAAACGGUCGCCGAUGAUCUUGGUUUACCAGGCAUUAGCAUGCGUCCCACUGCUGCAGCAAUGUUACUCUUUGCUGUUAUUCCUCAAAUUGAGCAAGAGUCCGUCUUUGACAGACAAAUACCGGAGCUUCAACCCCUUGAGCUUACACAAAUGGUUACAUCUAUGUCAAAGAGUCCAACGGACGCCAUGACAGAGGUGAGAGCUGCUUCCUUAAAUGCAAUGAAGAGAUCGGCCGGUAUGAUUGCCAACUCAAUAGAAUUCCUUGAACAUGCAGCACUGACAAAGAUUGGAGAACACUCUCCUGUUCCAGUUUUCACAAUUGGCCCUUUUCACAAAUUAGCUCCAUCCAGUUCCAGCUCAUUACUGCAGGAAGAAGCUGACUGCAUUUCUUGGCUCGACAAGCAAGCCCCGAAAUCUGUUAUCUAUGUCAGCUUUGGAAGCAUGGCCAGCUUGAGUAAGCAAGACAUUGUUGAGAUAUCUUGGGGGUUAGCCAACAGUGAACAGCCAUUUUUGUGGGUGAUUAGGCCUGGUUUGGUUCUUGGGUCCGAGGGCACGGAGCUGUUGCCAGAUGGUUUCCUAGAGACAGUUGGGGACAGAGGUUGCAUCGUCAAAUGGGCACCUCAAAAGGAGGUGUUGGCGCAUUGUGCAGUGGGCGGAUUUUGGACUCACUGUGGAUGGAAUUCAACACUUGAGAGUGUCUCCGAAGGGGUACCGAUGUUAUGCAGGCCUUGUUUCGGGGACCAGUUUCUUAACAUGAGGUACAUCUGUUAUAUAUGGAAGAUAGGCCUGGAAUUGGAGAAUGAAUUGGAGAGGGGAAAGAUAAAAGGAGCUAUAAAAACACUACUAGUCAAUAUAGAAGGAAAGGAGAUGAGAAAUAAAGCUAUGGAAUUUAAGGGGAAAACAGAACUUUGUCUAAGAGAAGGCGGCUCUUCAUCGAGCUCCUUGGAUGAGUUCACAAAGCGUAUCUUAUCCGUUUGAUCACUUGAGGAGAUGCUCUAACAUUAAGUAGUAGCUUUUGCCUGUUUGGUUUGUUCUUUAAUGGCGUUUUCUGCAUUUAAUUUUAAAGUUGGGAGUCUAUUGUAUACGUCAUGGUUUCUAGUUCAUGACAAUCAGUGAUGAUAAUUUGUUGGUUAGGGUUUCUAGUCUGCACAAUGAUAUGGUAAACGCUAUGUGAUUGAAAAUGUAUUUAUUAUCAAAAUUUAAACCUUGUUGCUUCUUGUUUUGAUCA